CGGUCCUCUAGGCGGCGCUGCGCCGCGUCUCUCACAUGAAAUACAGCAGUAAAGAUCCGUGAAGAACAGCGCUGCUUGUGGAUACAUACAUGAUGGCGCAAAACUCAAGAUUUUUUGAGGCGGGCAGUAAAUAUGCUGAUCGAGAUGUCGACCAGGACAGCACAGGAUCAUCAUCUUACAAUGCUUCCCAGACUUCGACUUCAUCCUCAUCAUCCUCGUCAACUAAGAGACAUUGGGACGGUGAUUAUGAAGAUCACUCUCCAAGGAAGAAGCAUGUUACAGAGGAAUCGUUACACAGUCAGAAAGUGGCCACACAUUACAACAAGCUUCAGGAGUGUGGUCUGGCAGAGCGGAAUAAAAGCAGGAUAGUGCACAUGCGCAACUUCAACAACUGGUUGAAGAGUGUGCUCAUAGCGGAGAUCAUGGACAAGGUAAGGCAAAGACGGAGAGAGGUGACCGUGUUGGAUCUGGGCUGUGGAAAAGGAGGAGACCUUCUCAAAUGGAAGAAAGGACGUAUUGAUAAACUGGUGUGCGCAGAUAUCGCUGCUGUGUCAAUCGAGCAGUGUCAGCAGCGCUAUAAUGACAUGAGACGCAGGGGCCACCCAAACGACCGCACGUUCUCAGCCGAGUUCAUCACCGCAGACUGCAGCAGGGAGCUGCUGUCUGAGAAGUUGAGAGACCCUGAGCUGCGGUUUGACGUGUGCAGCUGUCAGUUUGUGUAUCAUUAUUCUUUUGAGAGCAAGCAGCAGGCUGACACCAUGCUGAGAAACGCUUGUGAGAAACUCCGGCCGGGAGGAUUCUUCAUCGGAACCACACCGGAUGCAUAUGAGCUGGUGAAGCGUUUGGAGGAGUCCGACUCCAACAGCUUUGGAAAUGAAGUUUUCAGGGUGACCUUCCAGAAGAAAGGAGACUACCCUCUGUUCGGCUGUCAGUAUGACUUCAGUCUGGAGGGUGUUGUCAACGUCCCAGAGUUUCUGGUGUAUUUUCCCCUGUUUGAGGAAAUGGCAAAAAAGUACAACAUGCGUCUGGUGUACAAGAAAACCUUCAAAGAAUUCUUUGAGGAGAAAGUUAAAGAUGAGAAGAACAAAGUGCUCAUGCAGUGGAUGCAGGCGCUGGAGCAAUACCCUCCGGAUGAGAGGGACCGACUGGCUUCCGACAGUCAGGGGGAGUACGAGCACGCCAAGAGAAUCGCUGCCAAUCCUUCGGCGAGACUUCCGCUGGGAACCUUGAGCAAGUCUGAGUGGGAGGCUACAAGCAUAUACCUGGUGUAUGUGUUUGAGAAAAUGUCAUGAGUCCGAGGGAUUCACCAUCGAGCUGUUGUAUCCGGAUGAGUGAGCCAAAGAUACGGAGUCUCAUUGUCAUUCAUCUGGCUUCCGGAAGCCUGCUGAGCUUGUCCAUUUCACAAACCGUCAAAUAUUUUUAUACAACCAGAGCUUUUCCUUCACGAGUGUGUAUGUGCGUUUUGAGCUUAUGUGAGCUGGUGUACACAAUGCACAUGAUCAAUUCUCUGUCUGAUACUGUAUUUUGUGUUUAGCGGUCACGGUUCACCCGCUUUCUCUUUGAGUCAAGCAGUAUAAUAACCCUGUAGAGCUUGCAGUCAUACGCUCCCUUUGGGUUUGACUUUGAUUGUAAUCCACCCUUCCCUUCAGGCUGAAAUCUGUCUUGGUUUCUUUUUCUUGGCUUUUUCUUUUCUCUGUCCAUUUGUCAAGAAUUGUGUUCAGAUGUGAAGGGUUGAUGGGUAUCGUGUUUAAUGUGACACCAGGCUGUUUUCUGAGGGAUGAAGUGCAUCCCACAUUACAACCUGCAUAACUUCAAUUCAUAAAAGUUGACAAAUCCAUGAAUUCUCUCUGAAUUUUUUUGUACCUGUCAUUUAAGUAAUGGUGUAGUGCAUUUUCUCUCCUAAUGUUUUUUUUUUUUAAAUGCCAGGAAGGAUGUGUAUUUCAGUCUGUACCCCCACUUAUUUCUGUAUGUAGAGCACUGAUGCAAGCCCUGCAGUUUGUUAGGAAAUUAAAACCUGUUUUAGGAAUAUUAAACCUUGAGUUUGUCA